AUGAAGGAAGGAAGGAAGGAAGAGGAGAAUGGAGAGAGGAAAGAGAAGAGAGGAGGAAUUGGUGAGUGGGACUUUGUUGGUGACAGCCUGUCUCCAGCUGUGUCGUCCGAACCUUCCGCUUCGUGGAUAAAGGACUUGCUUCGGCUUUGUCCCUACCUACGUGUCGUUACACUGCCGGGAAAAUGUGCAAACGAAUACGUUGCUAAAAAGCAUGCGAAAGAACUGAAGGAAAAUAAAACCUCCAAACAUUUAUGCACGUCCCUAAGGGGAGACAAAGUUGUAACAGAGAAAGAUGCUACUACACGCCUCAUAUCUAAUGGAAUUGAAGGUUCCUCCACCCUUCUUUCCUCAUGUGAAGAUAAGAAAGACACGACACAACUAUUGCUCCAGAUGGGAUCAACUGUGUCUGGGGGUUUUGGAAGUGGAGAAGGAGGACAACAACCUAGGAUAUCUAGGAUAUUUAGUGUAACGAGAGGGGAAAGAGGAGCACAGGUUCUUGCUGGAUGGCCUUCUUGGCUUACUGCAGUUGCUGGGGAAGCCAUUAGUGGUUGGAUACCUCGUAGAGCUGACUCAUUUGAAAAGAUGGAUAAGAUCGGGCAAGGAACUUACAGCAGUGUUUAUAGAGCUCGUGAUCUUGAAACAAAUAAAAUUGUUGCAUUGAAGAAGGUUCGAUUUGCUAAUAUGGAUCCAGAAAGUGUUCGUUUUAUGUCAAGAGAAAUUAUUGUCUUGCGAAGGCUUGAUCAUCCAAAUGUCAUGAAGCUCGAAGGCAUGAUUACUUCAAGGGUUUCUGGUAGCUUGUACCUUAUUUUUGAAUAUAUGGAGCAUGAUCUUGCAGGGCUUGCUACACUAGCUGGCAUGAAGUUUACUGAAGCACAGAUCAAGUGUUACAUGCAACAGCUUCUUCGUGGUCUUGAGCAUUGUCAUAAUCGUGGCGUUAUGCAUCGUGACAUAAAGGGCUCAAAUCUUUUGGUUGACAACAAUGGCAAUCUAAAGAUUGGUGAUUUUGGGCUUGCAAAUUUAUUUCAACCAUCUCAAGGGCAACCUUUAACUAGUCGUGUAGUAACCUUGUGGUAUCGACCACCUGAACUUUUACUUGGAGCUACAGAUUAUGGAGUUGCUGUGGAUUUGUGGAGUGUUGGUUGUAUUCUUGCAGAGUUGUGUGCUGGGAAGCCUAUAAUGCCUGGACGCACUGAGGUAGAGCAACUUCAUAAAAUCUUUAAACUUUGCGGAUCUCCUUCUGAAGAAUACUGGAAGAAGUCAAAGCUACCACAUGCAACAAUUUUUAAACCUCAACAACCUUACAGACGUGUUGUUUCUCAGACAUUUAAGGAUUUUCCUAUAUCUGCACUAAGCCUCUUAGAUGUCCUUCUUGCUAUAGAACCAAAUGAUCGCGGAACUGCAUCUUUAGCACUUCAGCAUGAGUUCUUCACAACAAAGCCACUUCCUUGUCAUCCAUCAACUUUGCCAAAGCACCCGCCUAGUAAGGAGUUUGAUGCCAGACUUCGAGAAGACGAAGCUAGAAGGCGAAAAGCAACAAAUAAAGGACAUGAAAAUGAUGAAUCAGUUAAGAGAAAUUUUAAAGAUUCUAAAGUUGUGGCAACACUUGUUACCAAUGUUGAAAUUCAGACAUCAAUGGAGAGACAAGGGCAAUGUAAUUCUAAGUGUAUUAGUGAGAAGUAUAAUCCUGAAGAGGAAGGUGGUUAUGGCUUCCCUCUUGAACCUGCAAAGUCAAGAGCACUCAAAGUUUUCUCUUAUUUUGGCCAUUCAAUGCAUCCGAGUAAAUAUGGAUCUUCAUGCAAUAUGAACUUGAAAGAGGAAGAUGUUCUUACUUGUCCAGAUCAUGCCUUUAGAACAAGAAACUCUAAGUUGAGAAAACAAAAAUCCUAUUGGCAUGGUGGAAUUGCAAAAUUGUCAAGAUUUUCUAAUUCAGUUGCAGUUCGAGGUGGUUCAGUGCUUGAUAUGAGAGGAAACUUAAGUGUAAAUUUGCAUUGGCCAGAGGAUCAUUUUGGUAUGAGAUAUAGCCAGCUAGCUGACGUCAACAUUUGUUAUGCUCCCAAAAAUAGUCUCAUCCACCAUUCUGGACCAUUGCUGGCUCCAGAGAAUAAUCUUGAAGAAAUGCUUAAGGAACAUGAAAGGCAAAUCCAACAAGCUGUUCGCAAAGCUCAUUUGGGUAAAGAGAAUAUGAUAAAGUGA